AUGAGGGGUUCUUCGCUUGGCCUUUAUUUUAUUCUUCCUAUUGCUUCUGGGUUUUUCUUCGAUUUCAAUCAGAGGAACCAGCAUGAGGGACAACAGCCACAAGUUUCCUACGAAGACAAGGUCCUGAAUAAUGACUGUGCCGACUUCUUGUGUCCUGACACUCUCACCUGCGUCAAGACUGCCAAAGAUUGUCCUUGUCCAUUUCCUAAAUCACAACUGAGGUGCACCCUUCCUAACGGCCAGUUCGUUUGCAUAUCGAAACCUGCCACGCAUGAUAAGAAUUUGAACGCAAUAUAUGACGACCCGGUCAAGGGCCCACAGUCCAAAAUCAAGGGCCUUCGGGACUGUGGGUGGGUUCAGGAUGCCUACAAAGGCAUUGUUUAA